CGCGACAAUAUCGGUCUGUUCUACGUUGCUGGCUACGACACCACGGCUAAUGCACUUUCAUUUGCAAUGAUGGAGUUGGCCCGCUACCCAGAAAUCCAGAAAAAGGCGCGCGAUUAGGUUCUUGAAAUCAUUGGUGACACUCGUGACGUCUACCCGACCGACGAGCAAAUCAAGCAACUCAUGUACCUGAAUAGUGUUCUUAAGGAAGCCAUGAGGAAAAACUCCAUUGUCACAGAUAUCAGACACUGCCUCUCUGAGCCUGUCCAACUGGGCCCCUACACUCUGUCCAAAGGCGCCACUAUGUCCAUUGAUUCCUGGUCGAUGCACUAUAACCCGGCAAACUUCCCCGAACCCAAAAAGUUUAUCCCUGAGCGGUUUGCUGAAGAUAAAGGUGCUGAUGUCAAGGCGGUUGCGCCUUAUACUUCUACGACGUUUAGCAAUGGUUCCCGUCAGUGUUCGGGCAUGAAGUUUGCGUUGAUUAAGCAGCGCAUUGCUAUGGCUCUUCUUUUUUUGCGCUUUGAGUGGACGCUGCCCGCAGACAGUCCGUUCUGGCACUCUACGCCCUCCACGGCCGGCGGACUCAUCUCGCCGGUGGGCCUGAAGCUUGAAGUCAAACCCCGUCAUUAA